AAUGCAUAUUACUUUUUAAACCUAAUGCUAAAAUGUUGUCCUAGAGUGUAUUCCAUUUCAUUUUCUUUUCUCCAUUUAUUUCCUCCCAACUCCUCCCACUUAGCUAUCUUCUCAUACUUUUUCGAGGCCAACCCUAGGAAGAGAUCCUAGCAAGUUCUCUUUCCUACUGCAAUUUUUUUUGAGGUUUGAAGCAUCUUAGAGACGCACGCAGAGGGAGGCGCAAGCAUCGCUAAGGGCGAUGCUGGGGUUAGGGCUCGAGCCCUAGCUCCUGGCUCUGGUUUCCAACAGGGAAAUGGCUUGCAGAUGAGACGGGGGACAACGAUGAACAGAAACGAUUUGGAGCAACCACCUGAAGACGACGCAACAGAGAAUCUGGUGUCAAAAUCCAGAAAUUUCAGGUUCCAAGGUUGGCUAUGAUAAGACAUUUGGGUCUCUCUUUGUGCAGAAGAGAUGCUUGAUCUUAUUGAAAAACAGCGGUGCCUGGGUGGAGUAGCUGGGUCCGACGUAGCGGCGUCCGGAAACGGCGCUACUGCAGGGGUAGAGCCGCCGGGUUCGUGCGUCAAGGGGAAGAGGUCAGGCUUUAUCAUGGCAGCAGGUAUAAACCUUGGUUUUCUUUUGGGUAGAAACUGGCAAUUGCAAUUAGAGUCAGCAAGAGUAUUUGCCUCCACAAUACCUUGUUUGCCACCCAUAGCCACUGAUUUAGAGUCUUCAACAUUAGCAGAAGGCUCAUUUGAGAGGUGCGCCAAUGAGUGCGAAUGGUCAAUUGAAAUCAGUAUUGUUCUAGUUGUUGCAUGAAGCUCCAAUGUCACAUCUACUGAAUCCUUUUGCAACAAAUUAUCAACAGGAAAGACACCAUUAUCAUCCAAAUCUGUCACCCUACUGGUGUGUAUCUCGUAAGUAUUCGGACUAUUCAAGUGUGUCUUAGUCAACUUAAGAAAAGGAUCCUGAUUGA